GGAGCUCAUCGAAGAUUGAUGUGCAUGUUUGCUGAAUUUCUAGGAUUCGUCUGCUCUGCUUAUUUACUUUACUGAAGAGUCUGAAGAUUUUUUUUAAUUCCCUCAUGAAUUAUCUUUCACCUCUGGAAAGGUAGAGGUGUGAACUGACUCAACAUGAGUGGCCUUGGGAACAACCCGACGGACCCAGCUAACCCGGAUUCCCAAAAAAGGAAGGGGUCACCAUGCGAAGGUUUAGUCCAGAGCAAUGAGAAACGGCGCAGGGAGCAAGAGAACAAGUACCUAGAAGAACUGGCAGAACUGCUUUCAGCCAACAUUGGAGAGAUUGACAGCCUAAGCGUCAAACCUGACAAAUGCAAGAUUCUGAAAAAAACCGUUGACCAGAUUCAGCAGAUGAAGAGACUUGAGCAAGAAAAAACAGCUGAUGACGAUGUGCAGAAGUCUGAUAUCUCUUCCAGCAGCCAAGGAGUGAUCGAAAAGGAAUCCCUGGGGCCUCUCCUUCUGGAGGCACUGGAUGGCUUCUUCUUCGUCGUGAAUCGUGAAGGGCGAAUCGUGUUUGUGUCUGAGAAUGUGACAAGCUACUUGGGCUACAAUCAAGAAGAGCUCAUGAACACAAGUGUCUACAGCAUCUUGCACGUGGGAGACCAUGCAGAAUUUGUCAAGAACCUGCUGCCCAAGUCCCUAGUAAAUGGAGUUCCUUGGCCCCAAGAAUCCACCAGGCGCAACAGCCAUACCUUCAACUGCAGAAUGCUGAUCCGUCCCCCAGACGAGCCAGCUGCAGAGAACCAGGAAGCCCGCCAGCGUUAUGAGAUCAUGCAGUGCUUCACGGUGUCUCAGCCGAAACUGAUCAAGGAGGAAGGUGAAGAUUUGCAGUCCUGUCUGAUAUGCAUCGCACGAAGAUUACCUCGAGCCACAGCCUCUACCACUUCAGAAUCUUUCAUGACCAAGCAAGAUACUACAGGUAAAAUCAUCUCCAUCGACACCAGUUCCCUGAGAGCAGCAGGGCGGACUGGCUGGGAAGAUUUAGUGAGGAAAUGCAUCUACGCUUUCUUCCAGCCUCAGGGCAGGGAGCCAUCUUACGCCAAGCAGUUAUUUCAGGAAGUGAUGACACGGGGCACAGCCUUCAGCCCACCCUACCGGUUCACACUAAGUGAUGGGACUGUGUUGAACGCCCACACCAAGUGCAAACUCUGUUGCCCUCAAAGCCCAGAGAUGCAGCCUUUCAUCAUGGGCAUUCACAUACUUGAGAGAAUUGAGAGAGAACACAGUGCGCUGUCACCUCAAGACAACACUAACUCUGGAGUGCCGCUUUCCCGCGUGAGUCCCUCGCUGAACCCCAACAUCUCUCCAGGACAAGGCAUGGCCCUGCCCUCUGCUCUCCCUCCCACCAAUGGUAGCAUGUUAACAACCAGCAUGAACCACCUGCCCGGGUCCGGCCUGCAUGGCAACAGCAACGUCGCCACCAGCCAGCCCAGUUUUGGAUGUUCACCUGGGAGCCAGAUGGGAGCUAACGUUGCCUUAAGCCAGGGACAGGCCGGUCCCCAGAACAGUAACCAUCCACUGAACCUCAACAGCUCCCCCAUGAACAGUCCAGCGGUCACCCCAACACAGUUCAUGUCUCCCAGGCAUCGGGUAAGCCCCGGACUGGUCCAUAGGCCCAGAGUGCCAAGCAACCCUUUCUCCCCCACUAUGCCUACCACGCACUCCCCGGUGGGCAUGGUGGGCAACUAUAGUGCCAGCAGUACGGUCAGCAGCAGGCCUUUCCCGGGAACCCCAUUAAACUCCAUGCAGGGGAUGAAUGAAGGGCCCAGUCCCCCCAUGGGCUACUCCACGCCCCCUCCUGUCCUGCGGCAGCUGAGCAACCAGAACUCGCCCAGCCGAAUGGGUAUGCAGCCCAUAAAGACUGAGCCAAAAGACAGCAAGGAGAUCAGCUCCAUCCUGUGCGACAUGAUUCAUUCUGACAGUGCUCCGAAUGAGAGCAAGCCCUUGGAAUCGGGAUUGUUGCAUAGCAGUGAGAGACACUCAGAGGGUGACAGCAAGUGCUCUCAGGCCCCCAGCCACAAGCUCGUUCAGCUCCUGGCUACCACGGCGCAGGAGCAGUUACGGCACGCGGACGCAGACACCAGCUGCAAAGAACCCUUGUCCUGCACGGGGGCCUCCGGGAACCCUGCGGGCAGCGCGUGCCCCUCCUCUCACAGCUCCCUCACAGAGCGGCACAAGAUCUUGCACCGACUCCUCCAGGAGGGCAGCCCUUCUGACAUCUCUACCCUCUCCAUGGAGCACGACAAGAAGGACAAUGCACCUGGCGGAGCUGCCGCCGCCAUCCCACCGCAGACCCAGACCCCAGAGACCCCCGACAUGAGACUGGAGUCGGAUGCUGCGAAGAAGAAGGAUCUGAAGGACCAUCGGCUCCUUCGCUACCUGCUCGACAAAGAUGAGAAAGAGCUGGCAGCCAAUCCCUCCCUGAGCCUGGACGAUGUGAAGGUGAAAGAGCAAACAGACCAAAUGGAUCCCUGCAAUGCCGCUUCAGCCCCACUGGCUAAGCCCCCUGCCCAGGAGGAGGUGAAGCUGCAGCAGCAAGGCCAGUUUGCGUCCGACCUUGACCAGAUCCUGCCCACAUUGGAGAAAGCGGUGCAGCUUCCCCCAGGUCUGUGUGGCCCAGAGACAACUGAAAGCGGAGGCCUUGCUGGCAAGCCAGAGAUCAUGCCCUCCUCCCUCCAGCCCAGUACGGCAGCAAGAACGCCCACUGGGAUGAAUGCUGUUAACGGUGGGCAGGGAAUGCAAGCAGGCCGGUCCUCGUUUGACUUCUGCGACUCCAUGGAGCCAGUUCAGCUCAGGACAGCGCCUUUCCCUGCAACAAACGGCAACAGUCCCCAUCCUGGGUUACCAUCCGAGCAGACCAGGGGGGCAGUACCUGGACCAAACCCCUUCCAGCCUGACACAGGAUUACCUGAACUGGAACUGGGUGUCACAGAUCAUCAGUUUCGGCCGCCAGAAAUGGGGGAGCAGAUCCCAUGGCCAGAUAACUCCAUGACCUCCAUCAACCGAGGACCUAUGAGCAAAUCAGAUGACCAGUGUAUUGCUUCUCAGCUGGAUGAGCUCUUAUGCCCUCCCACCACGCCAGAGGGACGGAAUGACGAGAAAGCACUUCUUGAGCAGCUUGUAUCCUUCCUGAGUGGCAAAAAUGAAAAUGAGCUGGCAGAACUGGACAGAGCACUUGGCAUUGACAAACUGGUCCAGGGAGGUGGUCUGGAAACACUAAGCGAGAGAUUCCAGCCACAGCAAGCAACACCACCACCACCCCCUCUCGUGAUGGAUCAGAAGCCUGGCAUGUAUCCGCAACCUUAUUCCUCGGCGUCUCCCACCACCAACCUCCCUGGUCAUUUCCCGGGCAUUAUGAGGCAGAAGCAGCCUUUCAGUCCCAUGCCCGUCCAAGUCCCGCCACCCCGUGGGGCCUUCCCCACCAACAUGGGGAUGCAGCCCCGACAGGCUCUCAACAGACCUCCAACAGCACCCAACCUGCGGCUGCAGCUGCAGCAGCGGCUCCAAGGACAGCAGCAGUUGAUACACCAGAAUCGGCAGGCUAUCCUGAACCAGUUUGCAGCAAAUCCCCCAGGUGCCGUCGGCAUGAGGGCAGGCAUGCAGCAGCAGAUCACGCCACAGCCCCCCCUGAAUGCACAGAUGCUGGCCCAGCGCCAGCGUGAACUCUACAGCCAGCAGCACCGGCAGAGGCAGCUAAUGCAGCAACGAGCCAUGCUAAUGAGGCAGCAGCAGAGCUUCGGGAACAACCUCCCGCCCUCAGCCGGGGUCCCCGUGCAGCUGGGGGCUGGGCGCCUCCCCCAGGCUCCCCCGCAGCAGUUCCCCUUCCCCCCCAGCUAUGGUACGAAUCCAGGGAACCCCCCUACCUCCACCAGCCCAUUCUCGCAGCUGGCAUCGAACCCUGAGGCGGCAUUGGCCAGCCGCAACAACAUGGUGAACAGGGGGAUUAUGGGAAACGUCGGGGGACAGUUCGGCUCUGGGAUGAACCCUCAGAUGCAGCAGAACAUCUUCCAGUACUCAGGCUCAGGAAUGGGUCAGCAAGGUGAGGCUGCUUUUGCCCCAUCACUCAGUCCCAGCAGCCCCCUGAUGUCACCACAGCUCCCUCCUUCUCAGAGCCCUAUGCUCCAGCCGGCCCCACCCACGCCCGGGUACCAGUCACCGGACAUGAAGACCUGGCAGCAAGGAACCAUGGGGAAUAACAAUGUGUUUGGCCAAGCUGGGCAAACCCAGCCCCCACCAAACCAGCAGGGAAUGUACAACAACAUGAGCAUCACGGUCUCCAUGGCUGGAGGGAAUGCCAACGUCCAGAAUAUGAACCCAAUGGCUGGACAGAUGCCAAUGAGCUCACUUCAGAUGCCUGGCAUGAACCCGCUGUGCUCAGAGCAGGUAAAUGAUCCCGCUCUCAGACCUACGGGCCUCUACUGCAACCAGCUUUCUUCCUCUGAUCUUUUGAAAACAGAAUCAGAUGGCGCACAGGUGCAGCAGGUCCAGGUGUUUGCUGACGUGCAGUGUACGGUCAACCUGGUGGGGGGAGACCCUUACCUGAACCAACCAGGCCCAGUGGGCUCGCAGAAGAGCUCGGCGGGCCCCCAGACCCCACAAGCCCAGCAGAAAAGCCUCCUUCAGCAGCUACUGACUGAAUAACCCGCUUUUCAAAGGAAUGUGAAAUUUAAAUAAUAAGACAUACAGAGAUAUAUAAAUAUAUAUAUAUUAUAUAUUUUUCUGAGAUUUUUGAUAUCUCAAACUUGCAGCCAUUCUUCAGCUCUCGUAGUGUUUGGAGCAAAAAAAAAAAGUUUUUCUCUCCCCUCCCCCUUUUUUUUAAAGUGUUGGAUGUCAGCGAAGUGACAAGACAGAACUUUUGAGCCAAAAUGAUAGAUGAUCCUUAUUUUUGUAAUCAGUUGCUGGCUUCUUAUCCCAGAUGGCAGGAAUGUGCGAAAGGGGGUUCCCAGAGUGAGGGCAGGCGUGGGGGGUUGGGGGGGAAGAGGAGGAUCCGAGUUCUCAGUUUCAGCUGGAUCUGUCACUGAUCUGUGUCUUCAAUGAAGCAGGAAUUGGGGGGGAUAAUGGCACUUGUCUCUACUCUGAGAAGGAAUGUUUUUAGCUGUUCUUUAAAAAAGUACACCCUCACCCGCUGCGCCCCCCAGAUAUGUUUGUGCAAUCAGCUUUUUCUAGCACUUGUGAGUAUGUCGGUUUUAAAGAAAAAUAAUAAUAAUAAUAAUAACAGAGUAUUUUGACCCACCAUUUUUUCCAUGUUUUAUGCUGGUAUAUAGAAUGCCUCCUUAGUGAGAAAGAGGCCCUCUGUGUAUAUGACAACUAGGUGGGAGGGAACAUACAAAAAAACCCUAAUAUAAUAAUUUUUGAAAACAGAAAACAAAGUACCGUUUGGGGGAUAAUUGCAAUAUUUUUAAAGGGGAAAGGAAGAGGCGGCUCUGGGAGCAAUCCCCCCCAUGUGCCACUGCUGUGAUUAUCCCCUUCAUUUCCACGCGAUCUGUGGGAGCAGGGGUCUGCCCUGAAGUGACCCCCACAGGCCUCGUCAAAAUGAAAAGGAGGAUGCACAGCAGACACCUGUGGCGAGUCGCACCCUCUGUCAGAUAUUGUAGAUAAACAUUUUUCUGAUUAAAAUUAAGCAGUCAGUUCUCUCUGCUUUGAUUGUGUUUAACAGCUAAAGGUAGCUUGAAACUAUUUAAAAUAAUAUUGAUGAUGAUGAUUAUAAUAAAAAGGCGAUUCUCUGUGAAUGGGAGACAAGCUUAUUCUUUGCCCCCUCGAACCUUUCAUUGUAAAUAGCUCAAAACCUCUUGUAUAAAUUGGUUUCUUUCUCUUUUUAGUUGAGGAUUGCACUUAAAAUAGCAUUGCUUUUGGGGGGAGGGUAUUUCUUUCCUCUUCCUCUUUCUGAAAUUUUGUUGAUGUGUGAAAACAAACUGUGUAGCUUUUGUUAAAUGAAUUUGCAAGAGUUUAAAAAAACAAAGAGACAAAGUU